AUGCCAGAAUGCGAAGACAAAUUUACCAGUCUCACUCACUACCGAACUUGGCAGGAGAUAUCUAUGCAGUUUAUUAAUUGCCAAGAAAGAAAUUUCUUUCUGUCUUUGACACUUAACUCCCAAAUGCUAGUUUUCAUUCUUUCAUUCUUUCUUUCUUUCUUUCUUUUUCUUUCUUUCUUUCUUUCUUUCUUUCUUUUCAAACGUCUCCUUUCUUUUCAGAUGUCUCCAUUUUUCUUUCUUUUUUCUUUCGCACAUCUUUCUUUCUUUCUUUCUUUCUUUUCAAACGUUGCCGUUCUUUUCACAUGUCGCCAUUUUCCUUUUUUCUUUUUGCACGUCUCCUUUCUUUCUUUCUUUCUUUCUUUUCAAACUUCUUUCUUUUCACAUGUCUCCUUUUCCUUCUUUUUCUUUUCACGCGUCUCCUUUCUUUCUUUCAUUCUUUUUUCUUUCUUUCUUUUCACCCAUCAAUCGUUUUUAUUUAUUUUUUUCUUUCAUUCUUCGUAUUCUCUCUCUCUCUCUCUCUCUCUCGCUCUCAUAGUGCCUACCUCCCUCGUCUGUAUUUCUUUUCCCUCACAUCUACUCACUCUCUCUGAUUAUUUCGCAUUUUUAUUUUUUCUUCUUUCAAUUACGUUCUUCCUUUUAUAUGUUCUUUCUUUCUUUCUUCUUUUUUCUUUCUUUCUUUACACACGACUUCCUUUCUUUUUUCUUCACUUUUCUGUCAGUUUCUUUAAUUCAUCCUUCUUCUUUUUUGCCUUUGUCUCCUGCUUCUUUCUUUCUUUCUUUCUUUCUUUCUUUCUUUCACGUCUCUUUUUCUUUCUUUCUUUUUUUAUUCACAUUUCUUUCACUUUAUUUGAUUCGCCAGUUUUCUUUUUUGCAUUUUCUGCUCUGUCUUUCUUUCUUUCUUUCUUUCUUUCUUUCUUUCUUUCUUUCUUUCUUUCCCCACUACGUUUUCUCUAA